UGUUUUUUUUUAUUUUUUAUUUUUUUAUUGAGUAUAGAAGCACAAUUUGACUUCCGUAAUGCCCAUGCGAAAGCCUAUGGUACAGAGAGAAGUCCCUUUUUUGUGAGAGAGAGAGCGACUCCCAUUGUUUCUGCAAUUUAUGGAACAAAAGCUCAUUUCAAGUCCGCCAUUUUUUUGAAGGUCCAUGCUCUAUUUUCUUCACCAUAGCCUUUGGUCGAAAGCUUACAGGUUAAUUUCAUGUCUUCUUGGUUAUAAAUUUUAUACCUUUAAGACUUUCACUUUUGAAAUUUUAGUGUUGUUGAUCAUUUUCAGCAAUAUCAGUGCGAUCAAUGGGAUUUUUGAGUAGUAGUUCUGUGUAUUUUCCUAUUGGGCGACUGAUGAGAAGAUCCAAAUUCUGCCUAUUUGUUUGUUCUGCAAAUUAGUGGCACAAAGAAGAACUUUAGGUCUGAUUAAUCAAAAGAAACGAAAAGGGAAACUUUAGGUCCAGUGAUCCCUGAGGAAUCAAGUGUUCUGUAGACAAUUUCUAGGGUUUUGGGAUCAUUUGGGAAUUGAGUAGUGAUUUUCAUUGCUUUUAGUGCGGAUGUAAUGAUGCUGUAUUGUGAGAAUUUCUUAUAUUUCUUUAAUUUUUGAAGUUUUGGUCUUAUUCAUUUCAUUGAAAGAAUCCAGAGGCUCAUUUAUUUAUUUAUUUUUUAAUCUAAAUGCAUUUCUUAUAGAUUCAGAGGUUCAUUUAGUUGUAGGAUGUGUUAGAUUUUAACUGAAAUCAUUCUUUACAAGCAACAACUAAAAGCGGUGGCAGACCACAAACUUUGUAUUUGUUCAUUGGCACGAAAAUUUGAAGCAAUGGAAGUAAAUUCCAUGUCCUCAGUUUAUGGUUGGUGAAGAAACAAAGUUGAAUAUUUUGGCAUUCGUCUAUAAAAUGGAAGAACAAUCAUUAUUCAAUAAAUUGAUCAGUCAUCUUCGUGCAACAAGCAGGUAUUACACAGGUUAUCCUAAGGAUCUUGGGCCGUCAAGGGUUUUGCAUUUUACUUCUGAGCGCCAAUUUGUCCAACUUAUGCAUGAAGGUUAUCCUGUGGUUGUUGCAUUUACAAUCAAGUGCAAUUAUUCAAAACAUCUCGAUAAAGUAUUGGAGGAGGCUGCUGCCGAAUUUUAUCCUAAUAUAAAGUUUAUGCGCGUUGAAUGUCCCAAGUACCCAGGAUUUUGCAUUUCACGACAAAGGCAAGAUUAUCCUUUCAUCGAGAUAUUCUAUAGUCCUGAACAGGCAGCUGACCAAAGAAAAAUUGUGGAUCCCCAUAUCACAAAAUACUCAGUAAAAGUUCUCCCAUUCAACUAUGAUGUGAGUGCAUAUGGAUUCCGUGAGUUCUUUAAGAGACAUGGGAUUCAGGCUUCUGAAUGAAAUCAAGAGGACAGAUUUGUGGAGGCCCAUAGUACUGCAGCUUGCAGUGUCUAUAUCAGCUGUCUGAGAUCGGGAGAGUAUUUUCUUGGUUGCUUUGGAUCAAAUGGAGAGAGAGAAAAGGGGGAGGGUGUUUGGGGUCACUGUAUGGUAUUUUUGUAAGGGAGAGGGUAAGUGAGGCUGUUAGGGAAUUACCUUUUUUUUUUGUAUGAGAAUAUAGGCGAUAUCUUCUAUGUUUGCAAGAGGAGAGAAGGGUCGUGACUUUUACCACAGGAAAUGGUUUAUAUAAGGUUGCAAUUUUACACUAUUGCAGUAAGGUGCACCUCAAAUAUUCUCUAAAAAAGUGUUCCGAUAUUAGAGAACCC